AUGGCCACCACCCGGCCUGAGACCUGUAUCGCUUUCAUUGAUCUUAAGGCAGCAAUUAACGUCGCGAACCGAAACCUGAAUCUAGAUCAACUUCUUACCUUCGGCAUCACCGGUAAACUUCUCACCUGGAUACUGGGCUACCUGGGGAAUCGCCAGUCUUGGAUACUCUGCAAUGGCGCCUUUAGCGACUAUAAGACCUUUCAGCUCGGCACUCCUCUGGGUGGGGUACCCAACCCCCUGCUAUUUAACGUCCUCAUGCAUCGUCUCAUAGGUCCACUCCCCCUAAGAGGGGCAGGCCGGAUUGCCAGCUAUGUUGACGACAUCUGCUUGCAGGCAGUCUCACCUGAACGCCCACAACAGCUCAUCACCGCUUUUCAUGAAUAUGCCCAUGAUGUCAUAAUAUCUGUUGAGAAACGAAAGUCUGCUUCGCUACUCCACGCCAAAUACCACAACCCAUUUUCUUCAACAGUAAUGACCUCGAGGCCUGUCAGCAAUACCAGUACCUAA